CAAAGGUCUCCCCAGAGACACUGGGGGGCCAUUUUGGACAGACACAGAGAACUUCUGGAAGGCCAGCAUGCAUGGAAUGAUUUUCAAGAUCCCGGGAGGGCUUUUUCGGAGAAGGCGGCCACUUUGGCUUAGGGAUAUGUAUAGGCCUCUCAACGCCACAUGCAAGGAAAACAUGGCACAGAAGCUACACGACAGGAAGUCUUCUGAUGAGGAUGAGAUAUUCUAUAAGGAUGCAGGGGAAGUCAUCAAAGCCCCAGCAGAGAAGCUUCUGGCUGCAUAUUGGGUUGAUGAAGAGGCGAGUGAGGAAAGUGAGACAGCACACGAGACUGCCACAGAGUGAGCCCUGUUCUGCCUCAAGCCACCUGCAAAUUUUAUUUUCUAAUAUUGGCUUCUCAGCAUUGCUUGUAAAAUACUUAUUUUUCUCAUAUUAAAAUGUAUAAAUUCAUAACCAAGUCUAA